AUGGCUACCAGCCGGUGAUUGAGUUCGAACGAUCCUGUUGUACGGUACGGUGGCUCAACCUGUUACGACUGUACGGCUGUACCUGGCACCGUGGAAGCGCAAUGAUGUCAUGAUGUUUGCGUGUGCCAUGGCGACGAAAAAGUGACAUCACGCAAUACAUAAAUACCAAGUCACCUAAUAAAUGUGAGGGCCGGCGAUCAGCUGACGUAAGAAGCAAGGAUGCAAAAGAUACCCCACGAAAAAUCCGAGCACCGAUCUAUCGGCAUUUGGCGUUUGGCUGUGAUUGACAACCAUCACCAAGCACCACCCAUUGGCUCAUUUUGUUCGCUCUCUUGGCUAAUACUGAAGCUGUGCAUUGUUGCCUCGAAAAAGACAUCCUAGUCUCCCUGAAAAAUAGCAAACAAUGAAGUGCCGUAGUGCUUUGGUCUUCCUGCUCGCGUUGCCAUCUUUGGCUUCAGCCUUUGUGGCUCAAGGGCGUCCCGCUGUUUCCGUGAAGCUGGUGACACAAAAAUCACCGUUUCCUGCUACCGUUCCUGUCCGAGUUCCACUCACCAGCACAGCAGCAGAAGUCGAUGAACCCACCCCCGAGGAAGAUCCUGGACUUGGAAAGAAACUCUUUGAUGCUUACGUUAAAACAGCCGAUGUAGCAACAACCCUCUUCCCCCUCUGGACUGUGCUGUUUACAGGAAUUGCCCUGAAAAGCCCAGCUGCCUUCGAUUGGUUCACAACAGACUAUUUCACUGGCGCCCUAGCAGCUCUUAUGCUUUCUAUGGGUAUCACCUUGACACCUGAUGAUUUUGUGGCAGUGGCCAAAGAACCUACCUCUGUUUUCAUGCAAUUCACCCUAUGCUACGCCAUGAUGCCAGUCCUUGCUCUUUUUCUGGGAAGAUUCUUUGGUUUGGACCCUGCACUGAUGGCUGGUAUGGUUUUGGUUGGUAGCGUGAAUGGAGGACAAGCCAGCAAUCUGUGCACAUAUAUUGCCAAGGGAAACGUAGCUCUAUCGGUUCUGAUGACAACGGCAACUACUAUUGGAGCUAUUUUCAUGACACCCACUCUAUGCAAGGGUCUUUUGGGAGCAGUUGUACCCGUUGAUGCUAUUGGCAUUGCCAAAUCUACAGUGGAAGUUGUCUUGGCUCCCAUUGCCAUUGGAAUGUCACUCAACAAGUUUUUCCCUAAGUUUGUCAAGAAAAUUCUGCCUUUUGCACCAGUUGUUGGUGUUGUCUCCACUUGUCUCCUUGUGGCAAGUGCCAUUGCCCAAGUGGCAGACCCAAUCAAGAGUGCUGGCAUGGCGUUGCAGAUCCCUGUGUUGUUCCUUCACUUGCUCGGCGGUCUUGUGGGUUACGGGCUACCAAGAUUCUGCGGCUUUGAUGAAAUCUCUUCCCGUACCAUGGCUAUCGAGACAUCUAUGAAAUCCUCUGCCUUUGGUUUCUUGUUGGCCAAACUUCACUUUGGUGACUACGCUGCCCGUGUGCCUUCGGCUGUCAGUGUGUUUUGGAUGGCUCUAACAGGAUCCAUUUUGGCUGUCAUCUGGAGGUACAUCCCUGUCAAAGAGCCAACUGGAGAUGAAGUGAGCCCUCUUAAGAAAUGCCUCCAAUUCGUUGGCCUCGCCAAGGAGUAAGUUUAAUAAGUGAGGUUGGUGGUUCAUACUUCAUAUAUAUGCGACAACUGGGUACUGGAAUUGAGUGCAUGUCACAGCUAUGCGCUGAAUGCUAGAUCGAAUACAAACCCAAAGAGAAGAUACGAAUCGAUUCUCUUUCUAGGCUCGAUGCAAUAUGUGUAGAAACUUUUGUUACGUUUUCUGUCGUCCCUACUAGCUUAGUGAGAGGAUGUUGGCGGCGGUUCAAGGUUCGAAGAGAUCAGGCGGAACAAUGACGU